AUGUCUUUUUCUCCAGCUAUUUUCUUUCUCUCCCUCUCUCCCUCUCCCUCUUUACCUAUCUCUUCCUCUCCCUUCCCUCUCCCUCUCCCGUUCUCUCUCCCCCACUCUUUCCCUUUCUCUCCCUCUCUCUCCUGCUCUCUUUCUUUCUUUCUCUUUCUCUUUCUUUUAAUCAACUCUCUUCCUGCCGUUUUCCUCUGUUCCUUUCUUUUUUUUUUUUACUUUUUUCUUUUCUUUAUUUCUAAUCUUUAUUCCAUUUUAAUCGUUUUUCUUCCUUUUUCUCCCUUUUAUUUUCUUCCUUUCCUUUUUUUUUUAACUUUUGUUUCUUUUUCUUUCUUUAUUUCUAAUCUUUUAAUUUUUUUUUCUUUUAUUUUUUCCUUUUAUUUUCUUCCUUUUUUCUUUUUUUUUUACUUUCUUUCUUUUUUUUCUUUAUUCCUAAUCUUUAUCGUUUUACAUUUUUUCGUUUUUUUUUUUCCUUUUCUUUUUGUUUCCUUUUAUUUUUAUCGUUUUUCCUUUUUUCCUUUUCUUUCUUUUUUUUUUUACUUUCUUUUUUUCUUUCUUUGUUUCUCAUCUUUAUUCCAUUUUUUAUCGUUUUUCUUUCCUUUUCUCCCUUUUUAUUUUCUUCCUUCCUUUUCUUUCUUUUUUUACUUUCUUUCUUUUCUUUCUUUAUUUCUAAUCUUUAUUCCAUUUUUAUCGUUUUUCUUUCCUUUUUCUCCCUUUUAUUUUCUUCCCUUCCUUUUCUUUCUUUUUUUACUUUCUUUCUUUUCUUUCUUUAUUUCUAAUCUUUAUUCCAUUUUUAUCGUUUUUCUUUCCUUUUUCUCCCUUUUAUUUUCUUCCCUUCCUUUUCUUUCUUUUUUUUUUUUCUUUUCUUUUCUUUCUUUAUUUCUAAUCUUUUAUUCCAUUUUUAUCGUUUUUCUUUCCUUUUCUCCUUUUAUUUUUUCCCUUCCUUUUCUUUUUUUUUUUUACUUUCUUUCUUUUCUUUCUUUAUUUUCUAAUCUUUAUUCCAUUUUUUAUUUUUCUUUUCCUUUUUUCUUUUAUUUUCUUCCCUUCCUUUUUUUCUUUUUUUUUUUUUUUUUUCUUCCCUUUUUUUUUUUCUUUUAUUUUUUUUUCGUUUUUCUUUUUUUUUUCCUUUUAUUUGUUUCUCUUCUUUUAUUCCUUUUUUUUUUUUAUUUUUUUUUCUUUCUUUUUUCAUCUUUUAUUCCAUUUUUUAUCGUUUUUUCUUUCCUUUUUCUUUUUUAUUUUCUUUUUUCUUUUUCUUUUUUUUUUUUUUUUACUUUCUUUUCUUUCUUUUUUCUCUCCUAUCUUUCGUCCUUUGUUUUCUUCCUUUCUGUCUUUCUUUGUUUGUCUUCUUAUUUUUAUUCCAUUUUUCUUUUGCUCGUUUUCCUUUCGUCCUUUUUUCUUUUCCUUUCUUCUUUUUCUUUCGUUUUUCUUUUCUUUCUUUCUUUCUUUCUUUCUUAUUUUCAUUCUUUUCUUUUAUUUUCCUUCUUUCUUUUCUUUUUCGUUUUUCUGUCUUUCUUUUCCUUCUUUAUUUUAUGUUUUUCUUUCUUUCUUUUUCCGUCUGUCUGUCUGUCUGUCUGUCUUUCUAUCUAUCUAUCUAUCUAUCUAUCUAUCUAUCUAUCUAUCUAUCUAUCUCUAUCUCAAUCUGUUCUUAUUUAUCUAUCUAUUAUUUAUUGGGUUGGUGCAUAA